GUUGAUACAUUCAAUGACCCGGAGCAGAAACUACCAACUGCGUAUGGAUGUAAAGAUAGGAGUCCAGAGUUAUAGAUAUAGCCUGUGGUCAUCUAUCGUCGUCGAGAGUGAAGUUCACAAGUACAGGCUGAAUCUAGGAACCUACCUGAAGGAGAGCACUACCAGACUAAACUGUUUAUCUUAUGCGAAGUCAAAGUUCUUUUCUACCUUUGAUCGAGACCAUGACUCAGCGAAAAUACAAAACUGCGCUGACACGAAGAAAGGUGGUUGGUGGUACAAUCGCUGCUCUUCCCACCCGAUACCCACAACACCCUUCGGUAAGGGCCAAGUAGCCAGCAGCUGCUUCACCAAGAACACAGUAGAACCCGCCUGGAUUCAGCUCAAACUGUCCAGCCAUCUGCAGCUCUUCCCUCAAAACCAUUUUCUUCAACUCCAAUAACUGUGGCGGCUGUCAGAAAAACUAAGUUAUCACUUAAGAGAGUGAUGGCGUUAAGAACUCUUAAGAGAGAGUCAUGUGUGUCAUCUAAUCCAUGCCUAAACUAGACUCAAUAUCUCCCUCCCUUUAUUGAUUACAUAUAACCUAACAUCUCCCACCUCUUGAGAACCUCUUGUCCCUAAUGCACCUUAACCUCUACCUUGUAAGGAUGGCCUUACCUUCAGUAAAACAGUUUUAUCAACACUGCAGUAACUCGGCACCGACUUUCCCCUUGAUGAUGGUCCUCCACCUUGAAGGAUAUCUUGCCCAGAAGCCUUCUUCAGUCACAGCCCAAAGGUGGACCUGUCUCUCCUUCAGAACCAACCAGCUCUCCAGUAAAUAGACUGUCCCACGUCGUCAUCUCAUCACCGACUUCCUCCAUGUCGACGGAAUCAAGGGUUUUGUAUUCUCUUAACACUUAUCUUCGACCCGCCUGCUGGGGGCUACGUCGACCACAGAAAUUAAGCAGAUUA